GCAAGUUACAAAGUGUUUAAUCACACUUCACAAUGCCUUUAGCCGACAUAAUCGAUGGCCUCUCAACAAAUCCAUAUUUCGGAGCUGGUUUCGGAUUGUUUGGUCUCGGUGCUGGGGCUGCUGUACUCCGCAAAGGCUUACAAGGUGCAUUGAUACUAUUUCGCCGACACAUGAUGAUAACCCUUGAAGUACCAUGUCGUGAUAAAUCUUAUCAAUGGCUUCUACAGUGGAUUACCAUAAAAGGAGCUCGUAAGACUCAACAUUUGAGUGUCGAGACUUCUUUCGUGCAAAAAGAUUCUGGCCAAAUCUGCACAAACUACGACUUUAUUCCCAGUGUUGGAACUCAUUUGAUGCGUUAUCAGGGUGUAUGGAUUAAAGUGGAAAGAACUCGAGAAUCACAAACUUUAGAUCUUCACAUGGGGCUUCCAUUCGAAACGGUUACAUUGACUGCCUUCGGCAGAGAUCGAAAUAUAUACUUUAAUAUGCUGGAGGAAGCUCGCCAACUGGCACUUAAGGGUAAAGAAGGCAAGACAAUAAUGUACACUGCAAUGGGCGCUGAAUGGCGACCAUUUGGUCAUCCUAGAAAACGUCGUCCCGUUGAAUCGGUGGUCCUUGACGAAGGUGUGGCAUCAAAAAUUAUACAAGAUUGUAAGGAUUUCAUAGCGAAUCCAAAAUGGUACACUGAUCGAGGUAUUCCUUAUCGAAGGGGUUAUCUUCUGUACGGACCACCAGGAUGUGGUAAAUCUAGUUUUAUAACAGCUUUAGCUGGAGAAUUGCAAUACGGAAUUUGUCUGCUCAAUUUGUCGGAGCGGGGUUUGACCGAUGAUCGAUUGAAUCAUCUUUUAAACGUUGCACCAGAACAAUCUAUAAUCCUCCUGGAGGAUAUCGAUGCUGCUUUUGUUUCGCGAGAAGAUGUUGCUCAACAAAAGUCUGCUUAUGAAGGUCUAAAUAGGGUAACUUUCAGUGGGCUUUUAAAUUGUCUAGAUGGUGUAGCAUCGACUGAAGCAAGAAUAGUUUUCAUGACGACAAACUAUUUAGAUCGAUUGGAUCCGGCUUUGAUUCGGCCUGGACGAGUCGACAUGAAAGAGUAUGUUGGUUAUUGUGGAGCCUACCAGCUAGAGGAAAUGUUUAAUCGAUUCUAUAAAGGCGAUAUAAGUGUGAAUGGAUCGAAUGCAGCUUGCGAGUUUGCAAAAAAUGUAUUGGCUAUUGGGAAACCAGUUAGUCCGGCACAGAUUCAAGGUUAUUUUAUGAGGCAUAAGCUUUCGACACCACAAACUGUUGUAGACAAUAUUGCGGAUAUAUGGGAUGGUCCUAUACGAUAAGAAGUUAACUGCCUACUUUGACUCUAUUUUAGUUUUUUAAGUUGUAAUUUUUGUUAAAUAAAGUUUUUUUCUUUUGUUUUAA